AUGAAGAUACAAAACGUAAUUUUAAUAACUUCCCUUUUAAUACUUCAAAUUAUAUGUAUAACAUCACAAAAUAUAGUUGGCUCGGUAAUAUUUCCAUACAACACUGUAGAAGUCCCACAAAAUAACGGAACAUGGUUUCUAUGUUCAGAAGAACCAACAAAAUAUGUCAGCUAUAGCGUAAGAGUGGUAGAUGGUACAUUGCCGUUAACCGAGCCGGAAUUUGGUACAAAAAAAGAAGGGUACAAUGCACCUCUCCUGACAGCACCACAUGAAGGAAUAACCGCCCAAAUACGUUAUACAUCAUCAUUUAGAUUUGUACCUUCUUUAUCUUGUUAUAUGAACUUUGUAACAUUGUGUGAUCAGGAUACUGGAAAUCAUUUAAUGAAAGAUAACGAAUAUUAUUGUUUGGUCUUGGUUAAUCCUGCCCCUGUGGUACAACGUGUAAAUGUCACCGUCUCUUUUAAUGGUUCAGUGUUUGAUAGUGCAUUUACGAGUGAUUAUAAACCUGGUGGAAAUUCGGUUUCAAGAACACUUAGUAGAGAUUCCUUAUUAGAAUUUAGUUCAAAAACUGGUCAAGAUUUAAAUCAACCUUUAGCGCAUAUUGCCAAAUCCGAUGACAUUCUCAUUCGAUUACAAAACCCAUACUCUCUGAAACGGUUGGCAAUUAAGGAAGGACAAAAUAGGACAUAUCAACGAUUUCCUUUAACUCGGCUUGAUUCCAUGACUUGUCCCAAUGGUAAUCUGAAAUAG